UCUGUCCCUCACUGUCCAGUGAAAACCUCGGAUCUCCAGCAGGAGGAAAAAGUCUCCAGAGAGGACAGAGGGAGGACAGACAGGAGCAGAGGACUGAAACGGGACAGAGCUCAGACAGUUUUGACCUUCUUCUUCUUCGGUGGUUUCCUCGGCUCCGGUGUGUCGCCGUCAUGCUGGACACGCUCACCUUCCUCCUGGAGAAGCUCUUCCUCCUCGCGCACAUCAAGCUGUCCAGCCUGCUGCCGCCUCUGCUGCGCGCGGACCCGCCGCUCACGAGGCGCUGCGAGCGGGACGACGCCGCCGCUCCGCUGCGGUUCCAGCGGGGAGACCUGCUGGAGGUGCCCCGGACCCUCUUCACCCACUUCGGCAUCUACCUGGGCGACAACCGCGUGGCGCACCUGAUCCCGGACAUCCUGCCGGCGCUGACCGCGGACAGCCGGCAGAUUCAGGAGAUGGUGACCAACACGCGCCUGCUGCUCGGGGUGCUCUCCAAGCGCGCCAGCAUCCGCGUGGACUCGGUGGAGGACUUCGCGUACGGAGCCGGGAUCCUGCUGAACGCCAUGGACCGGGCGGUGCGCCGCAGCCCGCUGUCCGGGGAGGAGGUGGCCCGGCGGGCGGAGCGGCGGGUCGGCUCCGUGUGCUACAGCCUGCUGUGGAACAACUGCGAGCACUUCGUCACCGACUGCCGCUACGGCGCCGCGCAGAGCCUGCAGACCGACCAGUUCUGUGAGUGGCUGAAGUCUCUGAUCCGGGACCAGCGUAACGUCCUCCUGACGGCGCUCCUGGGACUCCUGUCAAUGGCGUGUUUGGGAAUAUCCUCCAGCACCGUCCUGCCGACCCUCCUCGUCCCCUUCACCCUGUGGAUGGCGAGCUAGAAGCUCCUGGACAGAGUCCGAGUCUCACCGCUGGUUCAGUACCGCCAUCAUGAAACGCUCACGUACAGGACGGAGUCGUCUGCAAAGAAGUUGACUUUCGUGCUACUUUUUAUUGCUAAUAACAAAAUGAGGACUGAACCGAAGUGAUGCAUUUUAUAUUUUCUGUUUGUUUAGCGAGAGCAGAAGAAGAAGAAGGUAGUUAAAAUAAGCAACAAAUCAAAAAAGUUAUUUAAAUGGACAAAAACAUCAAUUAGUGCUGCCCACACUAACUUUAAACUGGCGUUAAAAAGACCAAAGAUCAUUUUAAAAUGACUGUGUCGUACUGAAGCUGCAGGUUUUAUUUUGAAAGAGUGAUCCAGUAAAUAACCUUUUUUUGUCUCUGAGUAGGAAUUAAACAAGAGUCACCAGAUUGAGAAGCAGAAGAUUUACCGACUGGCCGAUGCCACAAAAUAUGAAAUAAACAGAGUAGACAUUUAAACUGAAUGCACUGAUCGUACUGUCGCGCCGUGAAGCUCGUCUGUAAAUAUCUGUAAAUAACUUUUAUCGACCUGAUUGUUCUCCAGCAGUCACAAAAUUUUUGUACAGAAUUUAUUUUUUAAGAAACUGUAACACUUUGUUUUCUAUGUAAAUAAAGAAGAAAUAUGUGAUUUUGAA